AACUGCAUUUUGGUCACAUGGUUACGUAGUUGCACUGACGGCUCACACGACCGUCAGCGAUUUUGAAAGAGACACAAAGGAUAAACAAGAACACAAAAGAGAAUCAUAGAUUAAUUUCUUCCCUACUGGUUCGUUGUCUUCUGCUUUUUUUCAACAGAAAUAAAAUACAACGGUAAUGGCAACGGCCCAUUUCCUUCGGUCCAAUAUUUUCGUAUCAUCUAUAACAUAUUCUCAUUCACAAAUCAGCACACCGCGACUUGGUCAUGUCGCCCUCAAAUUUAAUGCGUGCCCAACUGGAAUAUCAACAACAAAGGAAAAAAAGCCUCUAGCUACAAGGCACACAUCGGCAGUUCAAGGAAAAAGCAAUUCGUUUCAAUGUUAUGCUAGUUAUGCCAGCAAUGGAGCAUUGACACCUGAGUUGAAGGCAAGUCUGGAAAAAUUCAUUACAUCAGACAAAGUGGUUCUUUUCAUGAAGGGAACAAAAGAUUUUCCCCAAUGUGGUUUUUCAAAUACCGUUGUGCAGAUAUUGAAAUCCUUAAAUGUGCCAUUUGAAACAUUCAAUAUUCUUGAAAAUGAAAUAUUACGCCAGGGAUUAAAGGAAUACUCCAGCUGGCCUACAUUUCCUCAACUGUAUAUUGAUGGUGAAUUCUUUGGUGGGUGUGACAUUACUAUGGAAGCAUACCAGAGUGGAGAAUUGCAGGAAUUGCUGGAAAAGGCAAUGUGCUCUUAAUAUGCAGCAUACUAGAUGCUGUUGUACAACUGCACAUAAUGUUGAAUUUGUUCUCUCAAUAGCAACAACGUUUGAGUAAGAUGUCACACUAUGAUAUAAUUUAAUGAUUCAUUUUAGCGGUGAUUAAUCAUAAAUUUGUAUUUCUCUAUCUUAUUAAAAAAAAUAUAAUUGUAAUAUGCUAUUUAUUGUUUGAAAUUAAAAAAAAGAUCUAUGGAACUAUAGUAUCCAAAGUCUUUUGAUUUCGUCCUACUGGGAAAUUAUCACGAUUUGUUUACGCAGGUCUGGUGGCUGUCUAGAAAGGUGAAACAUUUGAGAUUGACAAUAAAUUUGAAACUGUGCAAUUGAUCUCACUGAGAUGUGAUCCAAAUCGUUUUGAGUUUAUUGUUCA